AUGGGUAUUAUUUGUGUUACAGAUAAAAACGUGGGUUCCAGGAGUCAUCAGCCUCUUCCAACACCUGCAAUUCUUCACCCUAAAAAAGCAACAGGAAAUAAACAAACAGGGAAUACAGAAAAUGGAGGUAAUCAAGGUGCUGGAGAACUUGUCUUAAAAGCUCAAACUAGUGUCUCAUCAUUGAUUCACAAGUUUAAUAGUCCUAUCACUACUAAAUAUGCUAUUAAGUAUCAUGAACCUUUGCGAAUAACAGCAAGCAUGUAUUCCUCAAUGUACAAAAAUCAAAAGUAUUUACUAUGUACAGCCAUACCGCCUGAGAUACCAUUCUAUCAAACUGAUAUUAAGGUAGAAACUACACCAACAAUAACAUCUUUUAUAACUUCCGUUUUUCAGGAAAGACCUACUAAGAAAAAACAAAACAAUCUCUUGCACAUUGUAUCUUCGAGUGAUAGCUUUGAUAUAGCAAUGGGUGAAGAUUUUAGAAAUCAUCCAGAAAAGAAGCAAGAGUAUAUAGAAUCACCUCUUCCGUUGUUUUUGUGUAAUCUCGUAAAGUAUAAUGAAAAACAAGGAGAGGACGAGUUUUCUGUUCAUGAAUUUACCUUUUCAUGGAAAUAUACUAAGAGAGAGCUAAUUCCAAUUAAUAGUGAGUCUGAAAUCAAUCUCGAACCAGUUAAAAGACUUGAACCAAAGGAAAGUAUAUUCUAUACAUCAGAGACACACCACUAUAACUAUAAAGAUCCUGGCUUCGUUAAAUGGCAAAAGAAACACGAACUAGAGAUUAAGGAAGAUGAGGAUGCAAUUGAUUUCCUUCAAAGAUCAUUGAAUGCCAUAUGGUCCACAGUUGAGUAUAAACCAAACGUAUUCCAUAGAUCAUCUGCUUCUGAGGUAGUUGAAAGUAAGGGAGAAGGAAGUAUUGGUUUAGUCGUUUUAUUCAUUUCUGUAUGUAGAGCAAACGGUAUUCCAUCCCGAGCUCACUUUGGAUAUCUUUGCCCAUCAGGUGAUAAGAAGAAGGAUCAUAAAAAGUUAAUGAAGAAUGGCACCUCUCCAUCUUUAAUUUAUACUGAAUUCCAUUCCAAAGCUGAAGUAUGGAUUGAUAACUUGGGAUGGAUUCCAGUUGAACUUUCCGACAAAGAUAAGGGAAUUUUGAAUGCUGAACCAAUACCCUUCCUGACCUCACAUUUCUUUGAUAAUAUAACAAUGGAUAUGAGACCAUUCACAUCUAGAUCAUCAACCCUAAAUUAUUGUAAUUCAUUAGAGUAUAAUGGAAGCAAUGAAGAAAUCAAAACACUGUUUCGUACUCCUGAGGAAGAGAAGUUUGACGGUGCAAUUGUUAAAUUGUGUAACGACUUUUUAAUGUUGUGGCAAACUGCAAGAAGAAAAAGAUCAAUGGAUUUAUUAAGACAAACAUUUGCCAAAUUGUCUUCAGGACUUAAAGACGAGUUCCACCAAGAAUGUACAGUUUUUGACUCUGUUUUUUUCCAAGGUUAUGACAUAACUUUCCUUCCAUUCAAGGUGACGUCUAGAAAAACCAAUAAGGAUGGAAUUUGUCACUCAACGAUUAUGUUUACAGAUCUUCAAACAAUGGAAACAGAAGAAUACAUUGUAUCUUUGGACAUUGAGGAUGACCUAAUUGCAGAUAUCAACAUAGCCUCGAUACCCUACCUUCAUGAAGAAGACAAAGUGGAAGAAAGAAAGUUGAAAAUUCUUGGAUCCUAUGUAAGGAAAGAAUUCAGCUUUUUCCCUCCUGUUUUUUCUUUCGGUACUCAUAAUCAGUCAUUGCAUACUACAGUGAAAACCCAAGUACAUUACUGGCAUGCUCAAAUACAUGAAAUAGAACCUAGGAAAGAAGAUGCCACUAAUAACACUACCAAUAAUAAUAGCCAUUCCAACUUGAAUACUGGAGAAUAA